AUGAGUGGGGUGGGGGUACUGAUCCCCUGUAUAGGUGAGGGUUGGGACCUAGUGUGCUACGCACAGCCCCUGUGGGUGAACGUGGACCUUGACCCUUGUGACUUCCUGGGUUGUCUCACAAAGGAGACCCCUACCCCCCUCAAUUUUGAUCAUUCUUUCUAUUUCCCUCUGCGCUGUUGCUUAAAGGUUGGUGGGCGGGCCAGCUGGUCGUUUUGGCACGGCUGGCCUGGUGAGUAUUUGUGUUUGCUCUCCUUCAGCUGUUGCAGGGCUCCUGUGGGCUCCCAGGACAUGGCAUUGGAUUUGGAUGGUGGUUGGUGGUGGAGGUCGGCAGCCUUGGAGUCCAGGACGGCAAUUUUGAUGCUGAUUCAGUGGUACCGCAUCCUGGCAGGACUGAUGGCAGUCAUUUGCCAUGGUUCCUGGGCAAGAGAGUGCGAUCUGGACGUGGUGCUCAGGUCGCAUGCCCUGCAGCGUUUUUGUGGCGGAAAUUUCUGGGGUUUCUUUGAAUUGGGACACAACCGGUCUGUAGCGUAA